UGUCGACGACAACCACUUUAUCACUCUUGUCGCACCCACUGCCCGCCCAUUCCUCUACGCCUUAUCGCCUCUUCUAGACUAGGGUCGUUUCUCACGCCACCACAUCAUCAGCGACAAUAUGUCCGACAGAAGAUCCGGCGACGAAUCGCGCGCAAAGCGCCAGAAGAUGGAAUCUGAUCCCGCCUCCAACCCCUACCUCGCACACAUGAACCACAACGAGGACAACGGCUACAGCAAUGGACGCUCGAAUGGCGGUGCUUCCGAUGGUCUCACUCACUUCAAGCGCCACCAGACGACGGCUCAGCUGGCUGCAAAGGCUGAGGAUGGUCCUUCAAACCCUUUCAACGGCAAGAACCUGUCUGAGCGCUACUUUGGUAUCUUGAAGACUCGCAGAAACCUGCCUGUCCACGCUCAAAGAAAUGAAUUCCUUCAAAUGUUCCAGCAAACGCAAAUCCUCGUCUUCGUCGGUGAGACCGGUUCAGGAAAGACCACUCAGAUCCCUCAGUUCGUCCUCUACGAUGAUCUGCCGCAUCAGCAAGGCAAGAUGGUUGCUUGUACACAGCCCCGUCGUGUGGCCGCCAUGUCGGUCGCUCAGCGUGUCGCGCAAGAGAUGGAUGUUACACUGGGUCAAGAAGUCGGUUACAGCAUCCGUUUCGAGGAUAUGACAUCGCAGAACACCAUUCUCAAGUACAUGACCGACGGUAUGCUUCUGCGUGAAGCUAUGAACGACCACAACCUCAGCCGCUACAGCACAAUUAUUCUCGAUGAAGCUCACGAGCGUACUCUGGCCACCGAUAUCCUCAUGGGCCUCCUCAAGGAGGUCGCCCAGCGCAGACCCGACUUGAAGAUCAUCAUCAUGUCCGCCACUCUUGAUGCCGAGAAGUUCCAAAAGUACUUCAACGAUGCUCCUCUCCUUGCCGUCCCUGGUCGUACCCACCCCGUCGAGAUCUUUUACACCGCCGAGCCCGAGAGAGACUACGUCGAGGCCGCUAUUCGUACCGUUCUUCAAAUUCACGCUACCGAGCCCGAAGGUGAUAUCCUGCUCUUCUUGACCGGUGAGGAGGAGAUUGAGGAUGCAUGCAGAAAGAUUGGUCUGGAGUCAGAUGAGAUGAUCAGAGAAGCAGGUGCUGGUCCAUUGAAGGUAUACCCUCUUUACGGUUCUCUGCCUCCUGCUCAGCAACAGCGCAUCUUCGACCCUGCACCUGGUCCUUUCCGCCCUGGUGGUCGUCCCGGUCGCAAGGUCAUCAUCUCGACCAACAUCGCCGAAACUUCGCUCACUAUCGAUGGUAUUGUCUACGUUAUCGAUCCCGGAUUCAGCAAGCAAAAGGUCUACAACCCCAGAAUCAGAGUCGAGUCUCUGCUCGUUUCGCCCAUCUCAAAGGCUUCAGCCCAGCAGCGUGCUGGUCGUGCUGGACGUACCAAGCCUGGAAAAGCUUUCCGUCUGUACACUGAGGCUGCUUUCAAGAAGGAGCUCAUCGAUCAGUCAUACCCCGAAGUUUUGAGAUCAAAUUUGUCGUCAACUGUUCUGGAAUUGAAGAAGCUUGGAGUCGACGAUUUGGUACAUUUCGAUCUUAUGGACCCUCCCGCUCCCGAGACUCUUAUGCGCGCCCUGGAAGAGCUGAACUACCUUGCCUGUCUCGACGACGAAGGUGAGCUGACUGAGCUUGGUCGUAUGGCUUCAGAAUUCCCUCUGGACCCUGCUCUUGCAGUCAUGCUUAUUUCAUCUCCCGAGUUCUACUGCUCCAACGAAAUUCUCUCCCUCACAGCACUUCUCUCGGUACCGAAUGUGUUUGUGCGACCAAACAGUGCUCGCAAGCGUGCCGACGAGAUGAAGGACCUCUUCGCACACCCCGACGGUGAUCAUCUCACCAUCCUUAACGUCUACCACGCCUUCAAGUCACCAGCAGCACAAGACAACCCCAAGCAGUGGUGCCAUGACCACUUCUUGUCAUACCGUGCCCUGCAGCAGGCCGAUAACGUCCGCAUGCAACUCAAAAGAAUCAUGGAGCGCAACGAGAUUGAGCUCAUGUCAACACCAUUCGAGGACAAGAAGUACUACGAGAACAUCCGCAAGGCUCUCGUCUGUGGUUACUUCAUGCAGUGUGCCAAACAGGACUCUGGCAAGAAACAGUACAUCACAGUGAAGGACGAGCAGACCGUCUUGUUGCACCCUUCGACAGUGCUGGGCACCGACAGCGAGUGGGUCUUGUACAAUGAGUUUGUCCUUACCACAAAGAACUACAUUCGUACAGUAACUUCAGUCCGUCCUGAGUGGUUGUUGGACAUUGCACCGAAAUACUACAACAUUGAGGACUUCAAGAAGGGAGACAUGAGAACAUCACUACAAAGAACGGCGGACAAGUUGAGGAGAAAGGAGAUGCUCGCAGCCGGAAAGCGCUAAGCGAGGUUGUUUGUUUGUUGUGUAGAUUAUCUCAAAGGUUGGAAGAAUAAAUUCAUGACUAUCUACGUCUGUUCAUUGACAGACAAAGC